AUGCCACCCUCCACAUUCACUCCAUUCGCGGGUCGCCGCGUCGCCCUCGUAACAGGCGCAGGAUCAGGAAUUGGGCGCGCCAUAGCUUUUCGUCUCGCAAGUGACGGAUACUCAGUAGCGUUGAAUGACAUACCUGGGAACAAAGAGGCUCUGGAGGCGCUCUCGGCCGAGAUCACUGGCGGCGAGAAGGACUCAGUGCAUCCAGAAUGGGAGGUCCAGAAGGUAGCUGUGCUUUGUGCGGACGUCACAGAUGAGGAUGCUGUGAAGGAUAUGGUCGAAGGUUGUGUUAGGGAGUUGGGGAGGUUGGAUGUGAUGGUAGCGAAUGCCGGAAUCGGUGCCGCACCUGAGCCAAUAUACCAAGCAACUAUCAAAAACUAUCGACGCGUCUGGUCUGUGAACGUCGAAGGUGUACUCUUCUGCUAUAAGUAUGCCUCUAUCCAGAUGAUCAAGCAGGGAAAUGGCGGCCGCAUCAUAGGCGCUUCCUCCAUCGUAGGCAAGAAAGGAUACAAGAACUUCGGCUCGUACUCAACAUCUAAGUUUGCGAUACGUGCGCUGACACAAACUUCCGCGCAAGAGCUCGAUGAGUUUGGAAUCACAGUCAAUGCUUAA